AACGACGAUUCGCGCGCGAUUCGAGUCGCACGACCCAUAUACACGGUGACACGGUGACACGGGCGAAAGUGACCGAGCCCGGGGAAGACUGGACAGCAGUGUGUGCACGAUUGUCGCGGUUCUUCUCGCGGGAAACAGCGGGAAAAUCGAGCAAUGUCGGCGUCGGUGCGGCCGGUGUUGUCGGUCCAACGUGUGCACGCGUACACGACAGAAGCGUCGUAGUAAAAGCCGCGCCAGUGUACGAGUGAGCGAGCGAGCGAGCGAGCGAGCGAACGAACGGACGAACGGCAGUGCGCAGAGUGUGGUCGUUGCGAAACUCCUCGUCGGGUCUGGCCUGUAACGUGGCACGAAAUGAAGCGAGCGUAUCCGCGCGCGAUCGAUAACUAUAGCGGCAGUAUAGUCGACUCGGUAAAUAGCAAGCGGCCUGUCAGGCUACCAAGCAAUCUAACCUAACGGACGCGUGACCUCCAGGAACGGCGGAUAGGUAGGUGUAGAUAGGCAGGCAGGCAGGCAGACUCGCUACCGAACCCAACUCGUUCGACAUCGACGACCACGACGACGAUGUAGAGAGAAAGUCGCACUGCGUUUUUGUGCGCGACGGGGAAAAGGAGAGUCCGUCGACAGAGAGCGAGACGGAAACGAGGGAGGAAGAGAGGAGGAGAAGGAAGAGGAGGAGGAGGAGCAGAGAACGUGCGUACGAGAAUGCGACGCUCAGGCUCGCGAGUGGGAAGCGGUUUUCCACGAUCGCGUCGACAAUAGAGCGUCGAGACGACGGCUCGGUGUGAGCGUGUCUCGGAUCGAUCGGUCUAACCAACGAUCGAUCUAGCGCGCAUCGGUACAACCGUUCGUCCCUCUUCACCUGAGGAUAGGACUCUUUGGAGCAAACGAGACCGAAGACUGAGCGUCCGGAGUGGAACGCGGACGGAGAGAAUAAAGAGCGAAAGGGGGAGACAAACGGAAGAAGGCUGAAAGGAGGAAGAGCGAAGGAAAAAAAACAAGAGAAGGGGGAGAGAGAGAGAGAGAACGAGCGAGCGAGGAAUCGUGAGGAGGAGAGAGAGAGAGAGAGAAGAGAAGACACCUUAUUUUUAGCAGCGCCGUUUUACGCAUCACAAAAACCGGUUCCCGGAGAGCACGCCGGAGUACGAAGGGAGUCGAUAGCAUCCACGAGAAGGGUUUUCUCUCGAGGGAGGAAGAUAUAAUACGUAUACAGAUAAUAAAGGCGCGUGCGCGCGCGUUCGUCCUUGUCGCGCGGUGGAUGCAGCGACAGAGGAGGAAGAGAGAGAGAGAGAGAGAGAGAGAGAGAGAGAGAGAGAGAAAUAUAAAUAUAUAUUUAUCGCCGCGCGCAGAAAUUCUCUCAUCCUGAGCCGGGAUACAUCAGGAUACGCGCCGGGAAUGAGAUGAAACGAAAAGUGUACGAGCACUCGCCAAGAGACACAAUACACGAGACCUCACACUCUCACACGCAGGUGUGACGAGAAAGAAGAACGGUAGGUCGGGAAGUAUAGUGACACGGAACGUGGAGAAUCCACACCUAACCUGAUUCUUCUCCACCCCCCUUCGCAUCUUGCUUCUCGUCUGCUCUCCCUUCCCCGAGCCCCUCGUCGUCGACAGCGACCACCUCUCGCGCACCUUUUCGUUCUCCCAAGCUCGGCUAUCGAUUGCAUGCGUGUGCACGCGACAACGCGGCCACGAGAUUCGAUUAUCGACCGCGACGACGACGACGACGACGAGGACGACGCGCCACGUGACUACGGAAUCAACGGAACGAUUUGACACCGGCUGGCACCAUCGAAACCGUGCCGGGUUCCCGGUCAGAGUCAAGGACACGCGGGCGACGGGUCAACAUCUCGAGGUUAGGUUCUCCAAUCGAGGUAUCAGGAGCUUCCGCGAUCGGUCAUUCAAUUGGAGCGCGCUUCGCGAAAGAGACUGUCGACAGUAUUUCAAUGCGAUUGCUGAGGACUCGACAACGUACGUCUUCAUGCUAGUCUGCGAGCUCUCGACGAGAGUCGAAUGUGAAAAUUAGCGGAGGAGCUCACGACACUCGGCUCUUCCUCUCGAGGGAGCAAUCGAACGCGCUAGUAUAUUAAUCGAUUGCCCGACAGAGUGCUAUCGAGCCGCGCCGAUGCUCGGAGCGCUUGAUUCCCGCUCACAGCGUACAGACCGCACCGAGUCAAUUGAAUCGCCGCGUAAUCGACUGAUCCCUCCGAGGCGAUCGAUCUCCGAAUCGCUGCUCGGCCUACGCGCAGCCUCCGCGGGACAGUUGUCUACCUGUCGCCGUGAGCGACAUCAGCGGCGAUCGACGUCAACGGCGUCAUCAAAAAAUCGACCGGAGACUCAGAACGACGUCUCGGCGUCGCCGUUACCGCAGGCGGAUCGUCCUCCUGCCGGCGCGGCGACUUAUCGAUCCGUGAUCUACGAGCGAGUACCGUUGAGGGUACCCGAUCUCGCCGGUAUCUCGCAGUCGGCUCGAUACAUCGCGUGGGAUCGUCGAGGAUCUAUGCGAGGGCGACGGCGGAGGAGCGCGUCCCGCUGAGAUACGAACGGCAUGAGGUAUGGCAACCGAUCCGAGCAUCCGUCAGGGCGUGAGGGCGGUCGCGACCACGACUACCGAUCCGCAGCGGAGCGAGAAGCGCGCCUUCGCAGCGCGAGGCGCCGCUGGAGCGUUGGCCCUGAGCGUCGUGGCUCUGGUGGUGCAGGCGGCGGCGACCGCGACUCCCACCUGGGGAUACUUCACCAAUCCUCACGCUGGCACCGCCGCGGAGAAGGGCUACUUCGGACCAUGGAGACAGUGCAAGCUCCUUCUUUAUGGGCGAGAGUGGUGCGGCCAAAGUGUCUCCAGGUUCCAACCAGUCUUGGCUGUGUGGGUGGCGGGAUUAGCUGCUGCUGGCGCCUCUGGCCUUUUGGCGAUUCUGGUCGCUCUGGCUGUGCUUCAAUUAGCGAUGGCCUCCUCCGCAAAGCGGGUCGUAAUUUCGUACAGCACCGCCGUAAUAAGCAAAGUCGCCCUGGCAACGUUGGCAACGGCGCUGUCAAUCGUGGCGGAGAGCCUCUUCGCUCUACAAACGGAUGACCAAGCCAAUAGCUUCGUCGUCACGAGAGGAGAAGCUUUUUAUAUGCAGUUGGCUGCCAUUGUCCUGAACUUCGGCGUAUUGGUGACCGCCAUUUACGAGGGCAUUUAUGCCCGAAGAGGCGGCGACCCGACCAAGAUUAGGGUCGUUACGGAUCCCCGUGCAGGCACUAUAAAUAAUCCAGGAUAUCGGGAGCAUCACCAACCCACGAACGGCGGUACGAUCUCAAUGACAGACGCCAGCGGCAAGCCCUACGUCGGAGGGGCCGGAAACGGAUCGAUGGCGUCGGUGGCGACUUCCGGCAGCGUGGCCAGCACGGCCUCGCCUCUUAGGAGCUCCCUGAAGAAGCCGAAACCCCUCGGCAUUCAUAAUCCUGGCUUCUCGGCCCACAGUCCGACCCUGUCCAGAAACGGCUCCCAAAAGAAAGUGCGUAUACAGACACACUCGACGGAGGUCUAGCGAUGCUCCACUUUGCUCCAUGGCUAUGUGACCAUGGCCGAGCGUGCACGACGAUGGUGAUGUCGCCGAUGACUUCGUCGGCGAUCGAAUCACCCGGCAACGACUACAACGACGGGACGGCAAGGACUUUCGUUCCAAGAGUCCGUUCCAUGUUUUAAUUAAUGGUAGGUGGUCUUCGAUACUGUAGUCGCUAUUUUGGCGGAAGCGCGAUCGACCCGGCGAGGAGCGUUGGAGUCUGUCACGUCCGACAGUCGACGACUCCCGGAGUACUUGGACGACCACUUGUUUGUAACUCCAAUGACGAGAGCGUUAAUGAGUUCCGAGGGUCGCCCGCGAGUUUGGCAUGUCAUUAAUUAUUGUGGGACACGGUGAGAGAAUGUAAAUAAACGUCGAUCCGCCCAGCGGACUCGAUAUAAUCGCCGAGGUAAUCCUCGGGGAUCACUACCUGAGUAUAAGCGUCAAACGAAUUUACAUGACGACACGCGAUCGAUUAAGAUACGGCUAUAUUAAGUAUUAGAUCACACGGUAAUUGUUUAGAAUAACUAUCCUCAUCUCCGAUUUUGAUGAAAAUAGGCUCAUUCGACGUGUUUUUACUAAAAAUAAAAGAAUCCGGCCGAAAAAAAUGUCGCUCUGCCUCGUGAAGCGAGAUAUUUAGCGUUAAAGUUAGUCACAUCCGAGGUUAAGAAAUCUAUCAUCUGAACGUAAUGCGAACUAGGCUUGCACUGAAAUACGUUCAACAACGCACUCGUGUACGUCCGCUUGCCCUAUGGGGUCUGUUCUUUUUAGCUGCACUGAUACAUUUAUUUUAAAGAAAUGUUAGAUCUAAAUUUUAAUCCGUAUAAAAAGGUAAUUAUUAACUUUUAUAAGAUAGUGUAUAUUAUUAAAGCAGAGGAAAGCAUACAUGAACUAUUCUUUGCUUUAUAACAGAGUUUAUGCUUUUGAUUAAAGCAGAGAAAAGCCUAAUUCGCAUUACGUUUAGAUGACAGAUUUCUUAACCUUGGAUGUGACUAACUUUAACGCUAAAUAUCUCGCUUCGCGAGGCAGAGCGACAUUUUUUCGGCCAGAUUCUUUUAUUUUUAGUAAAAACGCGUCGAAUGAGCCUAUUUUCAUCAAAAUCGGAGAUGAGGAUAGUUAUUUUAAACAAUUACCGAUCACACUCUCUCCUUGGAUUUUUCUACGAUACCUUUACACGAUGUACGUCCGUGAAAGAAUCAGCAGGAGACGAGUGGUGGACUAUAAGACUAUUGACGGGAGAAUGGAACAGUGUCUGUGAGUAACGGAAUAAGAUAUAGCCGUCGAAGAUAACAGAAGGGAUCUGCUAACGAUCUAUCGUGAACGAAAUGUAUAGAGCAAUAUUAAGCGAUAUGACUUCGUCAUUCUAAUAUCGUGUACGGAGAAACUAUUGCAAUAAAAAUUAUGUUAAAUUUAUGUUUUUGCAGCAUUUCUGCAGCAUCCUUUCUAAAGAUGGACUAUACUGAAAGUUAUUACAAGUUACUAUGGAAACAGUAAAUUUGACAGUUUCAAGGCUCUGCUAUCUCGUCGCAGAAAGUCUGAAUUGACGGUGGCGCCUAGCAGUGUCGAGAACACGAAAUAACUGUGUCAGCGUAGCUGAUUGGCUGACAUUAGGCCAGGCUCACAGCCAGGCCUCGCUUGACACCUCGGAAAGUUUCUUGCGUCUUAUCGCGUUAUUUUUCAGUUUCUCUGUGAAGUGUGUAUAUUAUCGUAAUCCUCACAGUCGUAAAAUGUGUAGUAAACUCCGUGAUGCUGGUGAUACAUUGUGAAAAUCGAGAAAUUCAAUGUGUUCAUACAUGCUGAUAUCUCAGCUGUCACAAAUCACUGACAGCCGAAAAAUAUAGCAUUACUUCAAGAAUUAUUUUACGAUGCUACGUGAUAUAUCAGCUAGAUAUCUGAGUUUGUUAUACUUUUCAUAGGUUUCAAGAUUAGGAAAAUAUUUGGUUCUUCAGGGAAAAGUAAAAAAUAAAGCAAUAAGACGCAAGGAACUUUCGGUAUGUCAUUUCUCGCUUUGACGUCAUCAAACCAAUAUGACCGCCCAAGAAAUAGCAGAGCCUUACGGAGAAAUUUUUAAGCAGAGAUACGAAUUUAAGAAAA